UACUUAAACAUAUCUGUAGUUGGAAAUAUGUUAUCCGCUUAAUUAUUAAUUUAACAUUAAUCAUUUUGUAAAUACUCAGACACAUAAAUAAAAUGAACCUUCCCAAUCUCAAUCAAUUCGAUCGUUUCCAGUUAUAGCGCCAUCUGUGAUGCACAUAAAUUGAUAUAAACAGAAAAAUGCAGGUGUAUAAUACUGGCGCGCGUUUAUACUUAUUUACUGUAAGAGGAAACUAUUCACAAAAAGGGUUAUUUGAAAGAAUCCGUUAAUACGCUGUUCCAGUUUUAUUGAAAGUAGUUAAUAUAUGAUUAAAUGUAUCGACAAGUGAUAUUAACAUAAGGCACCGUGGUCAAUCCACGCUAUUGUUGUUGGGAACCUUUCUACAGGUUUGAAAUUAAUCAAAGUGUUUGUUUACAAAAUUUAUAGUAAUAGAAGAACAACCACAAAAUGAUGCACAGAAGAGGAGGUAAACGAAUACGUAUGGAUGAUCCUGUGCCUCCGGAAUAUGAUGCACCAAUGACACCAAUGACUCCUAUGAAUGAUAAUUCAGGAGGAGAUGCAAAUGAAUAUCCUAGUUAUACACCAUAUAGUCAAGCACCACAAACACCAAUACAUAAUCCAACCCCAGAACAUUAUUCAUCUGAGAGUUAUAGCUCCCCAAGUGCAUCACAACAAUAUCAAGAACAGGGAAAUUUUGAAAAUCAGUCACAAUUCGAACAACCUAUGACACCAGCAACUCCGACCAAUAUGAGGAUCACAAGAAAUGCACGUGCUAGAUUACGUGGAGGACAAGUGCAACAACCAAAGUAUAAGGAAAUAGAUACAGAUUACAUUCCAUCAACGAAUAGUAGGGGUAGAGGUGGCGGACGUGGACGUGGAAGGCGAACACAUCAUCCGCACAGUUUAGAAGAUGAGGCUAGCCUGUAUUACGUCAUUAGGAACAAUCGUUCCUCGCUAACUACCAUCGUUGAUGAUUGGAUAGAGAAGUACAAAAGUAAUAGAGAAAAUGCUCUUCUUAUGUUAAUGCAGUUUUUUAUUAACGCAAGUGGUUGCAAAGGCCGCAUCACAUCUGAGAUGCAAUCGACGAUGGAACAUGUGGCAAUAAUCCGUAAAAUGACCGAGGAAUUCGACGAAGAAAGCGGAGAGUAUCCAUUGAUAAUGACUGGUCAACAGUGGAAGAAAUUUCGUGCGAAUUUUUGUGAAUUCGUUCAGAUCUUAGUCAGACAAUGUCAAUAUUCAAUAAUUUAUGAUCAAUUCUUAAUGGAUAAUGUUAUCUCGUUGUUAACUGGACUUUCUGAUUCGCAAGUGAGAGCUUUUAGGCACACAGCUACGCUCGCAGCUAUGAAACUUAUGACAGCUUUGGUAGAUGUUGCUUUAACUGUAUCAAUAAAUUUGGAUAACACGCAACGACAGUAUGAAGCUGAAAGACAGAAGGCUAGGGAAAAACGAGCCGCCGAUAGAUUAGAAUCGUUAAUGGCAAAACGAAAAGAACUUGAAGAAAAUAUGGACGAAAUAAGAAAUAUGCUUACAUACAUGUUCAAGUCUGUAUUCGUACAUCGCUAUAGAGAUACGUUGCCAGAAAUACGCGCAAUAUGUAUGGCAGAAAUAGGGGUCUGGAUGAAGAAAUUUCAUCAAAACUUUUUGGACGAUUCUUACUUAAAAUACAUAGGUUGGACGUUACACGAUAAGGUCGGAGAAGUCCGACUGAAAUGUCUUCAAGCAUUGCAACCACUGUACGCAUCGGAAGAAUUGAAGACUAAACUCGAACUUUUUACAAGUAAAUUCAAAGAUAGAAUUGUCGCGAUGACAUUGGACAAGGAAUACGAUGUGGCAGUACAAGCUGUUAAACUGGUUAUCUCGAUUUUGAAGCAUCACAGAGAGAUUCUUACUGACAAAGAUUGCGAGAACGUAUACGAACUCGUUUAUUCGUCUCAUCGUGCUGUCGCGCAAGCUGCCGGUGAAUUCUUAAACGAACGUUUGUUUCGUCCAGACGAUGCGGCCGUGGCAGGUGUAAAGACCAAACGUGGAAAGAAACGUUUACCAAAUACUCCGCUCAUUCGAGAUCUUGUACUAUUUUUCAUUGAAUCGGAGCUUCAUGAACACGGGGCGUAUUUGGUAGAUUCCUUAAUCGAAACGAAUCAGAUGAUGAAAGAUUGGGAAUGUAUGACAGAUUUACUAUUGGAGGAGGCCGGACCUGACGAGGAAGCUUUGGAUAAUCAAAAGGAGACGUCUCUGAUUGAAUUAAUGGUUUGUUGUAUAAAACAAGCUGCCACAGGCGAAGCUCCAGUUGGGCGGGGACCAACUAGAAAGAUCUUGUCAGCGAAAGAAUUGAAACAAGCUCAUGACGAUAAACAACGAUUAACGGAACAUUUUAUACAAACGUUACCAUUGUUGCUUGAUAAAUAUCGAGCUGAUCCUGAGAAACUUGCUAAUUUACUCGCAAUACCUCAAUACUUCGAUUUGGAUAUUUAUACAAAAUCUCGGCAAGAGCAGAACUUGGAUUCGUUGUUAAAUAAAAUUCAUGGGAUCGUAGAGAAAAUGCACGACACCGAAGUUUUGGAUACGGCUGCGAAAACCUUGGAACACAUGUGCAUAGAGGGACAUGCUAUUUUCACCAGGUGUGACGUGGCCCGCUCAACGUUGAUUGAUUCCAUUGUAAAUAAGUAUAAAGAAGCCAUCGAUGAAUACAGGAACUUAAUAGAAGGAGAUGAAGAUCCAGAUGAGGACGAAACUUUCAAUGUUGUGCAAUCCUUGAAAAAAGUGUCAAUAUUUUACACUUGUCACAAUAUGAACCCGUGGGGAAUAUGGGAUUCUUUGUACAAGGAUAUUGAAGACGCUAAAGACCCGUCCAAAUGCUUACCACAUGAGGCAGUCAAGUAUUGCAUAAACGCGUGUUAUUUCGCGAUUUUGUGGGGACAAAAUCACCUUAUGGAAUCCGGAGAUUCUGGGAGUCGAGGAGAAGAUGAAUGUCGUCAAUUAAAAGAACGUUUACAUUCUUUUAUGGGCUCCAUGCGUCAUUUUGUUUGCGGCGAUGUAAAUGGCACGUCAUCUCCGCCGAUACUGAGGGAAGAAGCAUACAAUACAAUAUGUGAUUUGUUAGUAUUGUUUUGCAAUCAACUAACGACACAUUCGAAUCCUCUAAUGUAUCAUUUAGUGUACGAACCCGAUCAAGCGAUGCAAAACAUGCUUAAUCGAUUUAUUCAAGAAUAUGUAUUUUGCGAGGAAGAAGAUGAUGGGCAUGACGAACAUUCGAAAAUUGAAGAACUGCAUAAAAGGCGAAACUUUUUAGCUAGUUAUUGCAAGCUGAUAGUGUACAAUAUGAUACCGACCAAAGCAGCGGCGGACGUAUUCAAGCACUAUGUGAAAUAUUACAAUGAUUACGGUGAUAUUAUUAAAACCACGCUAGGGAAAGCCAGGGAUAUUAACAAAACCAAUUGUGCUUUAACCAUGCAACACAGUUUGAAUAUUUUGUAUAAUGAAAUAUUGGCUGAGAAGGAUAAAAUCAAUAGAAAUAGCGAGGAAUUUACUGCUAUUAAGGAGCUCGCGAAACGAUUCGCUUUAUCAUUCGGUCUAGAUGCAGUGAAAAAUCGCGAAGCGAUCACCGCUUUGCAUCGAGCGGGAGUUCUUUUCGCAAUCACACAACCAGACGGUAUCGAACUAGAUCCUACCGGACCACCACCUAAUUUAUCGUAUCUCGAAGUCUUAUCCGAAUUCACGAACAAACUUCUUAAACAAGAUAAACGAGUUGUAUUAAAUUUCCUCGAUAGAAGAUUACCAGCUGGAAUGCCAUCCUCACGUGGAGAGGAUUGGCAACCUUUACUUCUCUACAGGAACAGCUUGUUACACGGUGAAACGGAUCAAGUUCCAGUAACUAGCAAACGCGCGUAUACAAGGCGCAAGAAAGAUCAUUUAUUUUCGUUAGAAGAAGAAGAAGCUGAUGACCCUGAAGAAGGUUCUGACCAUGAAUUCCCUGGCAAGCACAAGAAGAAACGCGGCACCAGGAAACACCCAUUACCAGUUAAUAAAAUAACGAUAACGCGUGCCCCUAAAGCAGCCGGAUACUAUGAAACCAACGAAACCGCACAGACAUCCCCAACGCCAAUUAUCGAAGACGAAGCGAGUCCUCAAGAUAUAGAUAACAAACUUAAGACAUUGCAAAUUCAAUCGAGGUCACGACGAAGUCAGGAUCAAAUAGAACCAAGAGAAUUAAGAAGAACAUCCCGAAAUUCGGGUCGUUAUGUGGAAGGGCAGUACAUGGAAUCUGAUUCCGAAUAAAGAAGUGUGUAUAGUAGAAGAAUUGAGCCGCGCUCAAGACGAAACUUUUCUGAGGGAAGAUGAUUUGUGAUACAUAUAACAUAUUUAUCGUAUUGAGUAAGUUUUAGACAAUUGAAUAAACUAAAACUUAUUCAAUUGGCUAUGUAAUAUGCAAUACAAAUAAUGAAAGCGCAAUUUCAUUGCUACGUUUCGUUUCAUUAAAU